AUCAUAAUGCUGGGCUCAGUGUCAGAACUGCAGGGCUACAUUGAUAAGACACAAUUGACAGAAGAUCUUGGUGGCACCCUGGAUUACUGCCACAACAGAUGGCUGUCCCGGCGCACUGCUAUAGAAGGUUUUGCCCAAAAGGUUAAGCAAACAGCUCAGAUUCUUCAGUCCUUAGGGACUGAGCUGGCUGAAACAGAGCUACCAAAUGAUGUGCAAUCAACCAGUUCCCUCCUUGCAACACACACAGAAAAGAAGGACAAAAUGAAGGAGGAUAUCAGGGUAGUAUUAGAACAGGGAGAUGAUAUCCUUGGAAGUAUUACCAAACCAGUUGCUGAGAAUCCUGACUACAAACUGAAUCAAGACCAGCUAGACAAUCAAACCACGGUAGAAAG